AUGCCGACUGUAUUGCCGGGUAAACCGGGUAGUCUCAAGGAUCCAGCCUUAUCUGCACUGUUUUCGACCAAGGAUCCUGAGCAGAGAUUCGAGGAUUUACGUGAAAUUGGUCAUGGGUCAUUUGGGGCUGUCUUCUUUGCGCAAGACAAGGAGACGAAUGAGACGGUGGCAAUCAAAAAAAUGGCUUUCAGCGGAAAGCAAGCAGCUGAAAAGUGGAGCGAUAUUGUUAAGGAAGUAACUUUUCUGAAAAAUGUAUCACACCGAAACAUCGUAGAUUAUCGCACAUGUUACUUGAAAGAACAUACUUGUUGGCUGGUCAUGGAGUAUUGUAUUGGUUCUGCGGCUGAUAUUGUUGAAGUGCACAGGCGACCUUUACGAGAGGCUGAAAUAGCUGCAAUAAUCGAUCAGACGCUAUGCGGCUUAGAAUAUCUUCAUAACAUAGGCCGAAUUCAUAGAGAUGUGAAAGCUGGAAAUAUAUUGUUAACAGACACUGGGGUUGUGAAAUUAGCUGACUUUGGAAGUGCUUCUAUUGUUUCACCUGCGCAAAGCUUUGUUGGAACUCCUUACUGGAUGGCACCUGAAGUUAUUCUAGCAAUGGAUGAAGGUCAUUAUGAUACUUCGGCAGAUGUCUGGUCACUGGGGAUAACAUGUAUUGAAUUAGCUGAAAGGCGGCCUCCAUUAUUUAAUAUGAAUGCCAUGUCGGCUUUGUACCAUAUUGCUCAGAACGAUCCUCCUAAACUGUCUACUAAAGUAGUAGAAGGAGCUGUUCCGUGGUCCGAAGACUUUAGAUCGUUUGUCGAUGGAUGUUUGAAAAAAAGUGCUAGUGAAAGGAUGUCUACUUCAAGAUGCAGAGAGCAUGUUUUUGUUAGCCAUGGCAACAGUGAAACUGUGUUACUUGAGUUAAUAGCAAGAACAAAAGCUCUUGUGAGUGAUCUCGACAACUUCCAGUAUAGAAAAAUGAGGAAACUUAUUUAUCUAGAUGAACAACAACUUUGCGCAGCAGCUGAUGGAAAUUCGUUAUCUGAAAAGCAUGGACUUGAUGACGAUUACAUAGCUGUUGGAGGUUCGGCUAGUUCACGUUCUAAUUCAGUUUCUUCAUUUCAAUCUUUGCAUUCUGAUAUUGGUGCUUUGUCUGAAAGAUCCAGUAAUCGGAAAGCUAGACCUCCUAUUCCUUCGCACAUGGUUACUUCCCCAUCGGCCACGAAUGGUAACGAAACGAGUGAAGAGAAUAGGACAGUUAUUCGAGUUGGCGACGAAGAUGCGUCUCUCUCUGAGUUAUCAUCGCAACGCAGUGAAUCUUCUCUAGCUCCUGAUCUCCAAACUUUUGCUUCUCCUUUUGUACAGCCAAAUUCAAAUCGUUCUGCUACUGAAGUGGCGACUUUGCGGAGGUCUAAGUUUGAAACGCUUAGAACAACGAAACUCAUAUCGAAGGAGAUGGAAGAGUAUAGUAGGGAAAAUAAUAUUUACGAACAAAUGAGUGGUUAUAAACGGCUGCGGCAGCAACAUCAUAAGGAAUUGAAACAACUUGAAGAACGCUGCAAUCUCGAAACUGAAGCUUUGAAAAAUAAGAUUGCGCGAGAAUAUGAGCAGUUAAUCAGUACUCUUGGCAAAGAACUUCAACGUGCCCGCAAUAGUCAUAACGCAGAGAAGGAUAAGAAAAGCCGGGAGCACGAUGAGGUUGAGAGGAAAAUGAGAAGACACAUGCUGGCACAACAAGAAGCGGAACUGAAAGCUUUUACAAACGCUCAAAAAAAGGAAUAUAAACAUAAUAAAGAAAAAGCAAAAGCUGAGUUGAGAGAACGUUACACCACACGUAAUCUUUAUGAAAAUGCUAUGAAAGAAGUCAAGAGCACUUUGAACGCGCAGAGGUGUGACGCAGAAGCGAUAAAAGUUCGCGAGCAGAAGAUUGCUUUUGAUGCUGAAAUUCGUCGCCUUCGGCGUAAUCGGAUGAUGUCUUUACAUUCUUUGACGACUAGAAUAACAACCGAUGAAUUAAAUUUGCAAGCGAAGCAGCUGGAAACAAAUCACGCUAUGUCAAGAAAACAUUUUGAACAAACCAAAGACCUUGAGGUGGCACACCUUAAUGAUAUUCAUCACCUAAAAAAACGCCACUUAGAAAUACAACAUGAAGCUGAAACAAACAACCAGAUGCAGUACAAUCAGCGAGCAACUGAGGAGCUGGCUAAACGUCACGCCUUGCAGUCGAAACAACAACCUAAGGAGUUGAAGUCGAAAGAGUUGAUGAUUAGGAAGCAGUACAGGCAAGCUGUUAAAACUCAGUUAAGGCAGAGCAAGGUUCUUCAGUCUCAGAUUUUGAAUUCCAUACCCAAAGGCGAACAUAGAGAUAUGAUAGCAAAGCUUAAAGACGAACAGAAGCGUAAAUUAGCUAUACUUGCAUCGCGCUAUGAGACUACAAUUGAGAGUAUGGUACAGAAUCAGACGGUGAAAUUGGAAUCUUGGCAGGAGGAUGAAGCAAAGUCUUUGAACGAGAAAUUGGAGAAGGAGUUGUCUAUGCUUAAAGCUUUCCAAACCAAACAGAGGACGGAUUUGGAGAGUACUUGUGAUCGAGAGCAGAAACAGUUAAAGGAGUCAGUGACAUCAAGAAGGAACCUUUUAGAAGAAAAACUGGAAGCUGAGCGAGAUGAUUUUGAAAAGAAACGUCGAGAAACAUUGAGUCUUCUGGAAGAGAAACACAGGAGUGAAGUAGAGGCUUUUGAAGAUCCUAACAGGUUGUCUUCUUAUGAAGCUCCUUCUUUAUCUUCUGCAAGUUCGUCUCACUUUAAUUCUCUUUCGGGCUUCCGUGUCCUUUCAUCAAGUCUCCAUUCACUUACAACUUCCUGA